UUUCCAAUGUCUUGUUUACGAGCACCUUCUCUCUUUGGCUUCACUAAUGAGAAUUGCAACUUCUCCUUAGCGUUUAACAGAACCACAUUGCCGCUCAGCGCUGCCAGUAUCUUUAGACAUUCAUUCUUCAUAACGUUUCUUUGCAAAGGAAGCGAACCAAACGAAUGCCUGCCAGACUUCUAUUUCCUCCUUCCGUUCCCGGUCCCAAUUUUCUUUGCAAGCAAAACCAAGGAGGGAGUCGCCUCACCUAAGAGAACACACCAGGCGAAAUCUUCCUUCCUUUCUCUGCAAAAAAAAAAAAAAAAAACCCUCUCUAAGGCAGCCCAGAAUGGAACGCCAAGGGUUGACUCGCCUUCUUGCCCGGUGUCGGGCGGAGCAUCGGAACCGGAAGUUAUAACCACGCGGCAAUUCCCCCAGGCGACGGAGCUUGUACAGUACUGAUACUGCAUCAAGAACUUCAGACGGGCCCCGUUGUCCUAGCAACGGCUCUCGAGCGGCCGUCCGCAUUGCUCCAUGUCUUUGCCGGAGCCGGUGAGAAGGCGGCUGAGUUCCUUCAGCCGAACUGUAUUUACGGACAACAACCGCACAGGACCCGAAAACAGAGACGAUGCCAACCACAUUGAUAAUGAAAUAGUCUCCAGUUUGCCCUUACAGAUGUCCCUAUAUUUCAACCUCUGGUUCUUUCCUUUUUGGUGGGCAAGCAGCAUUGCCAUGUUGCAGCUGAAGUAUUCAGUCUUACCAGAUUACUACAAAUUCAUCCUUGUGACAAGCAUUAUAUUAACAUCUUUAAUUGAGGUUAUACGUCUAUACCUUGGAUACAUGGGAAAUUUGCAGGAGAAGGUUCCUGAACUAGCUGGGUUUUGGCUCCUGAGUCUUCUUCUGCAAGUGCCCCUAAUUCUUUUCUUACUUUUAAAUGAAGGGCUAAGGAUUCAACCCUUGGAACGAGCAGUCAACAUAAUUUUUAUAGUAUUUCUUGUCUUCCAAGUUAUUACUGCAUUCCUUGCUCUCAAAAGAAUGGUGAACCAACUGGCAACUCGUUUCCAUCUUCAUGAGUUUGACCGGUUAGAUGCUCAUCUACCCUCUGAUAACUUAGCUUGCCAGGCAAGGAGACUGGAAACUGCAGGGAUUAUGGGACAACAAGUGGGAGAACUUCAUUCAACAACUGGUGUUUGGGAAUCUGCAGUGAGAGCCUGAUGGGAAGCAGAGCAACACUCACACACACACCCAUUGAAGCUCCUCUGCUUGUUGCUUUAACUAUGUGAGUUUUAGAGGAUUUGAUUUAGAAAUUCACCUAGUUCUGGAUAGCACAAACUUAGAGGAGUGAUAUCAACAAGGUAUUCACUGUGGACUGAUUCAGAUGCAGUGGGAAGUGUUAGAAAAAAUUGUCAUUGGGUAGUACACUGGACCAUCUUUUGCAAGCAUGAUUUUUUAGGAGAUUAGUCUUCUGCUCAUUUCUGCUCAUCUGUUAUGGAAUCUGUACUGUAAUGAUCUUCAUCUGUAAUGAUCUUCAUCAACAUGUAUUCAUAUGAAGACAUUUUUCAGUGGAGAAAAAAACAUUGUCUGAGCAGCAUUCAGAUUUCACAAUCCUUUAUGGACACCUGGAAAAUUAUUAAUAAGGCAAGGAUUUCUAUAACCAAAAACUGUUAGAAUAUGAAGCUUUUAUGACCUUAAAAUCAUUUAAAUAGAACCAAUUAAAUAAAAAAAUAUGACUUUUAAAGCAAAAAUAUGAUUUUACAAUUUUUUCUGAAAUUAGCACUCACUUUUUAAAAAUAAACACACAUACACACACACACACACACCCCUCCCUGAGUUGGGGAGUGAAUAAGAAAAAAAAAAAACAGGCAAAUUCUCAUUUUCUUUACUGGUUCAAACUUGCUGGCGUAUCAGGAGGGUUGCCAAUGACUAAAAUAUGUUUGUUACAAGAUUUAGCAGAAAUAUAUAACACCUUUAACAAGUCCAAAUAUGACUUUUCAAGCAAAACAAAAAGCAUCUAAUUCUCAACAGAUUACUCUAAAACAUAAAACAUGUUUUAUUUAUAAAUUCAGAUAAAGGUUCCAGAAAAAUAUGACAUGUUAUAGAAAUCCUUGCCCUACUGGCUAAAGUUUUUUUUUUUAAACAAAAUUGUUUUUAUUUUGAGAUGUGUAUUUAAAAGAUUCUGUGGAACUAUUUUGUAAACAAUAAACUUUUAAAAAACAUUA